CCAUCAUGUGCAUGUGUGUUUGCACUUUGCGUGUAUGUGUGUGUGUAAGGUCCUGCUAUAUUACAGCUGGCUGAUGUAAAAGUGAAGCAAUGAGAUCACUCAUAAGGAGAGGCGGGGUGCUAUAAAAGCUCAAAUGAAGCAUUGAUAAUGCGCAGAAACUGGACAGGUGAAGCAGACGAUGUCACUCWGUGAAUUUAGGGAUUUUCUGAAGAAACAACUCUUGAAAAGUCUUUAAGGAGAACUUCUCAAAAGCUGUCGUGGAGAUAAAUAGAUCCAAACUGAGCGGAGUCUCAAAAACAAAUCAGUUUUUGAUACUUUUUAAAGUUCACAAACAACUUUUUUAACUGCAGGAGUUGCUGCUGCCAGAGGCUGUUGAAGCAUCAGUUUUGAAAAUGUGUUCAGGAGGCUUUGCGAAAUGUCUGGGCAUUACCCUGCUGCCUCUGUCGAUUCUGUGCGUGCUGUGCAACAUCCUGCUCUUCUUCCCUGGAGGACACGUUGUGGAAAGUGAUCAGAUCACAAAACAGGUCUGGUUCUUUGGGGGCAUUCUGGGAUCAGGAGUGUUGAUGAUCUUCCCAGCUCUGGUCUUCCUGGGCCUGAAGAACAACGAUUGCUGCGGCUGCUGUGGAAAUGAAAGCUGUGGGCGGAGGUUUGCGAUGUUGAGCUCGAUACUGUUUGCAGCCGUUGGUGUUUUAGGUGCAGGUUACUCAGUUGUUGUGUCCGGCGUGGCCAUCAACCAAGGACCUUCCUGUGAGGUGCACAACAGCAACAGCACUGCCAACGCAACGGAAUGGAGGCACCCCUUUGAGAAUGGGAACUACCUCUCGAACAAGACUCUUUGGGAUGCCUGCCUACAGCCGAAGAACGUGGUACCCUGGCAUCUGACUCUGUUCUCCAUGCUGCUGAUAAUGGGUCUGAUCCAGAUGGCGCUGUGUGCUGUGCAGGUGAUCAACGGCCUGCUGGGAGCUCUGUGUGGAGACUGCUGUGGCUGCUGUGGAGGGAGCGAUGGGGCCGUUUAAGCACCUCCUAAGGCUGAACGAAGUCUUACCGAUAUUUAUUCUGUUUCCUGAGGAUUACUUUUUCCAUUGAUCUUUUUAUUUUUUUUAGAUUUGUGAUUCUGGAUAAAGCUCAUAGAUUACAGUGCAUGACCCUAAAACACUGUUGAAAUGACGGAGCUUUAUACUCUCUAGAAAACAAAACCCUAUCAUUCUUAAGAUAAUUGUUUAUCUGUUGGCUCAGAUUUUCACUGCACUCAUUAAUUUUUCCUCCUGCUGUGUAUUUAUUUAGUUUCACUGUUUUUUGUUUUGUUUUUGUCUCUCACAUGGUUAUAAGUAUAGAUUUUUUUAUGAGCAGUCAAACUUCAUGACUGCCCCCUACUGGGCAGCAAACGCUACUGCAAGAAAGAUCCACCUGCAUCUUCAUUAAAAAUCAAGUUAACCAUCACAUUAUUAACAAAGGACUUAGAUAUUUUUUUGUUUAAUCUGAUGUGUUGCAGUAACAUUUUUUACAAGGACUCAUUUGCAUUUGAUUUUAUGGGAUUUUAACUUGAUUGAUGCACCAAUAAAGUUGAUCUUUCUGAAGUUCACUUAAAA